AUGGUAUACAUAAAUAUAUCCAAAAAUUUUGGUGUUACUGAGUUUGUGAAUCCAAAAGAUCAUGACAAGCCAGUUCAACAGGUGAUUGCUGAGAUGACUGAUGGAGGAGUAGAUCGGGCUGUUGAAUGUACUGGAAGCUACCAGGCCAUGAUCUCAGCAUUUGAAUGUGUUCAUGAUGGUUGGGGUCUUGCAGUACUUGUUGGAGUGCCAAGUAAAGAUGACGCAUUCAAGACUCAUCCUAUGAAUUUUUUGAAUGAGAGGACAGUUAAGGGUACCAUUUUUGGCAAUUACAGGCCUCGCACUGAUAUUCCUGCUCGGGUGGAAAAGUACAUGAACAAGGAAUUGGAACUGGAUAAAUUUAUCACUCACUCAGUCCCUUUCUCGGAGAUCAACAAAGCGUUUGAUUACAUGUUAAAAGGGGAGUCUCUCCGAUGUGUUAUCCGCAUGGGAGCUUAAAACAUUACCG